AUGUCCACUAGAAAAUCUGAAUCUGGAUAUUCUAAAAGAAAAUGGCAUAAAAAGGUUGAACAGUUAAUUAAAUCUCACGAAGGAGCUAUUGAUAAAUUUUUUUAUGGCAAUAAACAAAAACAUAAUGACGAUAUAGUUCCCGAAGAAGAGUUUGAUAAGAAUGAUAUCGACGAUAAUACAAUUGAAAAACAUCAUUGUUUGGUGAAUGAAGAGAUAUCUAUCGAGGAUGAUGUUAUGAAUGAAAGAAAUAUCAAUGAAAAGAUUAGUGAACCAUUCUCCUUUGAUAUUAGUGAUCCAGCGAAUUUGAAAAAUGUGAAUCUGAAUUUAAGAGAUUUAAUCAUAAUGAAAGGUCCAGUAAGAGAUAAUGAUGUAAUUUUUCCAAAAGAUGUAGCUAAUCGACACUUCUCCUCUGUUCAUUACACUCGACGAUUAUCCAAUGGAGAGAAUCAUGAUAGAAAGUGGUUGAUAUAUUCAAAAAGUCUGGACAAAAUAUUUUCUUUUUCUUGUAAGCUAUUCAAGAAUAAUGGGGUUCAAACUCAAUUGGCACAUGAUGGUGCGAAUGAUUGGAAAAAUAUUGAAAAUAAUUUGGCAUUUCGUGGAGAUAAUGAGAAGAUAUACCAAGAAAAUAAUGGUAUCUUCUUAAGCUUAAUUCAAAUGAUUGCUGAGUUUGAUCCUAAUGAGUUGAUACUUAUGCUAGCGGGUGAGAUCAAGAAAAUGAUCAUUGAGAAACUCAAAGAAUCCAAGUACUUUUCUGUGAUACUUGAUUGCACUUUGGAUUUAAGUCACGAAGAACAAAUGUCUAUAGUAUUGAGAUGUGUUGAUAUUUCAGCAAGUCCAGUGAAGAUAGAAGAAUUCUUUUUAGGAUUUUUAUUGGUGGAUGAUACAUCUGGAAAGGGACUUUUUGAUGAAUUAGUGAAUGCGUUGAAUAAUCUAGAACUUGAUAUUAAUAAUAUAAGGGAUCAAGGAUAUGAUAACGAUAAUGUAAAUGGCCUUAUUCUUAAGCCUUUGUCUCAAACACGUUGGAAAAGUCAUGUUGAAAGUGUUAGAACAAUAAGGUUUCAAGCUCUACAAAUAAGAAAUGCUCUACUUGAAUUGGCAAGAGUUGAUGAUCCUAAGACAAAAAGUGAGGCAGAAGUAAGCAAAUAUUUGCAAAUAGAGGACAUCCAUAUUGACGUUGCUAUAGACCAUUUAAAAGGGCUCAUUUCAUUUUUCAAAAGCUAUAGAGAAACUAGAUUUGAAUCGGCCGUAAUUGAUGCUAAAGAGAUUGCAAAUGAAUUAGACAUUGAACUGAUAUUUCGUGAAAAAAGAGUUAUAUGUAGAAAGAAGCACUCUGAUGAGAUUUCUUGUGAAGAGAUGAUAGAAACAGUUGAAGAAUCUUUCAGGGAUAUUAUUGACUAUCCCAAUCACUAUUGUCUCCGCUGA